AUGAAACUGUUUGAGAGAGACGAUUCUAAAAGUUUACAAACGUUUCAGGUACAUUGCGAAUGAAAGAACGUAUCUUAUUACAUUUCUUAAUGGGCUGUCACUUUUGUCUUAAGUAUUAGGGAUUGCCGGAUCUUUUUGUUUUUGCUAAAAAUGGAGAAGUUUAGUAGUAGCCUAAGAAAACAUUCUCAUAAAAUUUAAUCGGUCACAACUUCGUGGGUUAAUCAGCACUUGACACAAAAUCCAGCAACUUUUGAACACCAAACCUAAAACCAAUUUCAAGCGCGGGCAAACUCAACAGAUGAACCCACACUUUUGAUACCUCAUUAUUGUUAGCCGAGAUUUUAUAGGUUUGUAAUGCGUACAUACUUUGUGUGUUCAUGGUUGGUUCAGGAAGUACCCAGUGAGCAGCCGUCGGAGGAUGUGGUCGGCAGGCCGAUACCUCACUUAUCUGCAGCUAAACAAGCCACAGGAGAGGCAAUCUAUUGUGACGAUAUACCAAAGUAUGCAGGUAGGUUAAAGUUAAGGGAAAAUAAUGGCCAAUUGUUUUAUAAGAUAGUAUCUCCGUUGGAUUCUCUCUGUCGUUGCAUAAGUCUCGUACCCAGUUUCUCACAUUACAAAUAGUAUGUUCCUACAGAUAUAUGCCAGUGAAAUCUGGGUUUGAAAUAUAAGUAUGCUUUUAACUUUUGAGUAUAGACUAUCCGGCAUUCAUGUAAACAAAGGCACCAACUGGAGGCUUGGGUUGACAGAAUACAUUAAUUUCAUGAAAUUGUCCACCCGAGCUUCGACCUUAUUUAUUUUUAUUGUUUGUUUUCUCACUGGAGAGCAAAAUGCUGGAAAGGUUUACUGCAGAUCUCAUAUAAAAAUUGCAAAUACAGUGACCUGUAUCACGGCGUGCAUAUGCAUUUUGUUCAAGCAGUACAGUCAUUAUGGCAUUUCAUUAUUUACUUCUUACUUUUGCAGAUGAACUGUAUAUGGGCAUUGUUUUCAGCAAACGCGCUCAUGCCAAAAUCACGUAA